AUGCAGAAUGACACCGGUUUUCUCAUCGUUUCUGGGGAUACACCUCCCGAUGAUCUUCUUAUCGAGGUUGAAAAGGAGAUCUCUUCUACCGAAUCAUCUUCGCCGAGGCGAUGUGGCGACAAAUGCCGGGAACUCAUGCGCUAUGGCUUAAGGUUACCCGACGAAGAUUGGUUCCAAAAGUACCUCGGUUGCUCCUAUUAUAAAGCUAAGAAAAUCGGUGAUACAAGACUCAUGCUAUUCGACAAAAACCGACUAGGACGUUUCGUUCCCGGUCCACCUGGAACGGUGCUGAUAUACAGAGCUGCUACGCGCGAUGGUCUCAGUUCUGGAAAUGGGUUCUUUGAAAUUGUCCCGCGAUCACAUCGUAUGACGGCUGGAGAGAUAAAGCGAGCAGAAUCCAUACCGGUUAAUCUCGGACCGUGGGACGUCCUGUUCCUAGCGGCGAAUAUGACUAUUGAAUACAUUAAAUCUGGUGGAGGUGUUGCUCUUUGCGAGGCUGUGUCAGCGUCUCUUGAGUCAGGAAAGGAUGAGAACACGAACAAUGCUUAA